GGGCAGUGCAUUGGCAGCACUGAUUUGAUAAAGUCACCGCAUUUCUCUCUUGCACUGCGAAUUGUGUGUUGGUAUUUUUUCGUUUAUUUUUUAUUACUUAGUGAAUAAUUAGGAAAGUGUUAAAGAUCUACUUUAAGUUUUCAACCUUUUCGGUGAGAAUUAAUUGAAGGCACUUCUUUUUCUUGAUCCCAAGAAAUGGCUUCUGUUCGUCUUCUCAGCAAUGCAACCAAAUUAUCCUGGAUGCCAUCCCGGAUUGGAUGGCCAUCGCCAGCUGGAAUCUCCCUGAAGAGAUUUGCCAGUGCUGCAGCUGCCCAGAAUCAUCUCAAAACGAAAGUUGUCGAUGGAGUUUUGGUCGUUACUCUCGAUUCGCCCAAUGUCAAGGUGAAUUCCCUGGGCGAAGAGGUGAGCAGAGAAUUUCAGACUGUUCUCCGGGACCUCGAAACGAAUCCCGGAGUCCAUUCGGCUGUCGUGAUCUCAGCCAAACCGGGAUGCUUCGUGGCGGGGGCAGAUAUUGGGAUGCUAGAGAAGUGCAAGAGUGUCCAAGAGGCCCAGAAUAUCUCCCACGAUGGCCAGUUGAUGUUCAAUCGGAUAGAAAGUAGCAAAAAGCCCGUUGUGGCUGCUAUUAAUGGAGCCUGCUUGGGCGGAGGAUUGGAACUGGCUCUGGCCUGUCAUUACAGAAUCGCCACGAAGGACAAAUCCACGAAUCUGGGCUUGCCGGAAGUGAUGCUAGGUCUCCUUCCGGGAGCCGGAGGAACUCAGAGACUGAGGGAAUUGACGUCAAUUCCGACAGCUCUGGACCUGGCACUCACGGGGAAAUCCGUAAAAGCGGACAAAGCAAAAAAAUUGGGCCUUGUAGACUUGCUCGUGUCUCCUCUUGGGCCAGGACUUCAGCCCGCUGAAGUCAAUACAAUUGAGUACCUGGAGAAAGUUGCCGUGCAAGUGGCCAGAGAAAUUGCCACGGGAAAGCUCAAGGUGGACAGAGAGAAGAAGGGACUGGUAAAUAAAGUUAUGGCCUUUGCACUGGAUAUCAAUUGGGUCAAGGAUAAAGUUUUUGGGAAGGCCAAGGAGCAAGUUAUGAAGCAAACCGGAGGACUCUAUCCAGCCCCAUUGAAGAUUCUCGAGGUGAUUCGUGUUGGAAGUGAUAAAGGAAACGAUGCUGGUUAUGAAGCAGAACGAAUUGGCUUCGGAGAGCUUUCACAGACUCCCCAAUCGAAGGGUCUAAUUGGCCUGUUCCGAGGUCAAACGGAGUGCAAAAAGAAUCGUUUUGGAAAGGCGAGUGUUCCUGUGAAAACGGUUGGGGUACUUGGGGCCGGAUUGAUGGGCGCUGGAAUAGUUCAAGUGAGUGUUGACAAGGGCUACAAUGUUGUGAUGAAGGAUACUACAGAUGCGGGGCUCAAUCGUGGCCUUGGGCAGAUUCAGACGGGCUUUGAGAAUGCAGUGAAGCGCAAGAGACUGACAGCACUCGAUCGCGAUAAGCAUUUGGCCAAUCUCACAUCAACACUCAGCUAUGAGCCAUUCCGUAAGGCUGAUAUGGUCAUUGAGGCUGUCUUCGAGAAUUUAAACAUCAAGCACAAAGUGAUUAAGGAAUUGGAAGCCGUUGUUCCGCCACAUUGCAUCAUUGCCACGAAUACCAGUGCAAUUCCCAUCACGAAGAUCGCAGCCGGAAGUUCGAGGCCGGACAAAGUGAUUGGGAUGCAUUACUUCUCGCCAGUGGACAAGAUGCAGCUGCUGGAGAUUAUUACGCAUCCUGGAACGUCCAAGGAUACCAUUGCCAGUGCUGUGGCUGUUGGACUGAAGCAGGGCAAAGUGGUUAUAACUGUUGGGGAUGGUCCGGGCUUCUAUACUACCAGGAUCCUCUCAACGAUGAUCUCGGAGGGAAUCAGAAUACUCCAAGAGGGAACAGAUCCCAAGGAUUUGGACAAGAUGACGAAGGCAUUUGGCUUUCCGGUGGGAUGUGCGACACUGGCUGAUGAAGUUGGCAUCGAUGUGGGAUCUCACAUCAGUGUAGACCUGGCCAGAGAGUUGGGAGAGAGGAUAAGUGGAGCAGAUCUGGGACUGUUGGAAGAUAUGGUAAAGGCUGGAUUUCUGGGACGAAAGUCCGGUAAAGGGAUAUUUAUGUAUGAUUCGGCAAGUCGGGGAUCGCGUGAGGUUAAUCCAGGAGCCCUGGAGAUCCUGAGGCAGAAGUAUCCGUUGGUAUCGAAGGGUGCCAAUAGUGUUGAGGAUCUGCAAUUGAGAAUGGUGUCGAGAUUUGUCAAUGAAGCCGUUCUGUGCCUUGAGGAGAAGAUCCUGGAUAAUCCGCUUGAGGGUGAUGUGGGAGCGGUAUUUGGUUUGGGUUUUCCACCAUUUUCCGGAGGACCUUUCCGUUGGGUUGAUCAAUUUUCAGCGGCAAAAUUGGUGGAUAAAAUGCUGUCGUAUGCUGAUCUCUAUGGGGCACCCUUUAAGCCGGCUCAAACACUCCUGGACAUGGCUAAGGAUUCAUCCAAGAGAUUCCACAAAUCGGCUUAAUUUUUUGGACAUCACAAAAUUCACCGAAAAGGUAACAUUUCCAAUCAUUUUCUCUAUUUUUUUUCAUUUUUUUCCCAAGGAGGGGCAAAACUUUUAAAUUACAAGGAAUAAUAUUCAAUGCCCCUUUUUAUACACUCACACAAAAAAACAUUUCUUUGAUGCCUAACGACGAAUUACAAAAGUCAAUUAAUUUAUUUAGAAAAGCAGAAUUAUUUUUGGCAUCGGUCGACUGAUAUUCGAGAUGAUUCAGUUGUACAAUUUCACACAGUCUUACACUUUUUUUCUGUGCUUUAUCUCGUUUAAGUAUAAUAGUUUUUUUUUUUUUUGGUUUUUGUAAAAGAAAAUGACGAAAGUCAUAGGAAAAAGGCAGAUAAAAAAAAGAGUCAGAGAUGCAAGAGAGAAACAAAAUACAUUAAACUUUACUUAAAAAUAGGAUCAAAAUUUUAUAGAACAUUUUAUAUACAACACAAUAGAGAAACUCAAUUGCUAAUCUUUUAUUUUUUUUUUGUUCGUCUUUUUCAAUAAAAUGUCUAAAUUGAGUUUCUUUCUCCCUUUCCGCGAAAAAAAACUUUGGUGGGCUGCGAGUGAUUUUUUUUUGUGUCAAAAUGAAGGAAAGAAUUUUUAUACUGUUUUUUUUUGAUAGGUUCACAAGUGAAGAAAAAAAGAAAUAAAUUAUAAAUGUUUUUCUUAA